AUUUCUUCUAACGAUGCAAAUUUCUUCUAACGAUGCAUAUUUCUUCGAGCCUGCUAUAAUUUCACUAACAUGAGAUUUCUGAAUGCACCUUCUCAGUCAUGGUAUUUUAUCAUAUAAUUGUGCUUGGAAUUGUGCUAUCUGAAGCCAAAUCCGUAUGUAAAUUCAAAGGAUCAGGAGUGGACUGCAAUUUGUCUUUAUCGCCAACAACAUCUCUGCUCAGAUGCCAGAGCAAAUGCUGGCUGAAGCCGUAUUCAAUCAGAAGAAGCAUGGUUGAUACAAAUGUAUCUAAAAUAACAUUUGCUAAUCCCUUUGGCUGGGAAAUCUUCAAAGAAGUCAUAUCUUACGAGUGCGAAGACGAAAUCAUGUUCGUAGACAGAGCGUAUAACAACAGUGAAGAGCAGUGCGAGAAAAGCAACCACGCCAAAUAUAAAUUAAUGAAUUUACUAGAUGUUUUCGAAAUAGAUAAUAUAAAGAAGUUAGAAUUAUCACAUUUCAUAAACGUUAGUAUAUUUACGAAUAUUUAUCCACAACUCUUUACUCUAAAUAUUCACCAUAACGUAUUUCCUGGAAAUAUUUCAAGCAGUACUAUUCAUUUCACAAACCCUUUGCGCAAGUUAUAUCUGACACAUAAUCAACUUCAAUUUUUACCGGAUCAUAUUUUUUCCUCUUCUUAUUCUUUGAGAAAGUUAGAUUUAUCAUCAAAUAAUCUGACUGAGAUAAACAGAAGGCAUUUUCAAAAACUUAAAAACUUGACGUCUCUGAAUAUAUCACGUAAUAAACUCGUUUGCAUAUCACCUAACACGUUUUCUGAUCUGAAUCAUCUUAGAACAUUAAAUCUUUCGCAUAACGACUUGUUGACACUAACGAAUUCGAAAGACAAAACGGACGAAGACGAUAGUAACGAAGAGGUGAAUUCGACGAGUGAGCUGCAGAUCCACGAUAGUAAUUUUUUACAACAUCUUCAGUCUCUUCGUAACUUAGAUCUCAGUAAUAAUAUCAUAACCAUACUCCCUAAUAACAUGUUCAAAAAUCAUAGUUCGCUGUAUUACAUGGAUUUAAGUCACAAUUUUUUAAGAAAGUGCUAUCGUUUUUCUGCUGAAAAUUAUUUGCAUAUUUUAAAUCUUUCGCAUAACCUAAUUCAGAUUUUUGGAAGAUUGUGCUUUAAAAACUUGAAAAAUUUAAAAAUUCUAAAUAUCAGUUCAAAUCUAAUUAAAGAAUUAAAAUUAGAUUUCGGAAAAUCUGUGGAAAUUCUCGAUGCAUCUCAUAACAAGAUCGCGACUGUAUUAAUCAGUGGUAAAAUAAACAUUCGUGUAUUGAUCUUGUUUGAUAAUGAAAUCACUUCGUUUUUUUCGCUUUCACAUCUAUCGCCCCUUCUCGAAUUGUUAUUAUUAGACUACAAUAAAAUUUACGAUACAAAUUUUUUGAAAGAAUAUCCAUAUUUUCAAGAAGUGAACCACACUGUCACGAUUUCUGUAACAUUUAAUAACAUUUCUACUUUCGAUACAUCAUUUAUGAAAGAUAAAAACAUUAAAAAUCACGAUGAACAUGCGUUGAAUGCUGCACACGGAAUUUUACUGGACAUUUCUUUCAAUCCAAUAAACUGCGAUUGUGAAAUGUAUCACAUGAAACAAUACAUAGUUGAAUCAAAUCGACACAAACUAUUGUCUUUAAUUAAUUCCGAAAACAUAAAAUGCGCGAUUCCUGAACCAUUGAAAAAUCAUUCGGUUCAAUUUUUGCACGACGAUAACUUCACUUGUACUUUUAAAAACUAUUGUCCACGAUUCUGCACAUGUGGCUCUCGUGGAAAAGAUAGAAAGAUUUUCGUCAACUGUUCUGGCCUUGAGCUUCAUGAAGCUGAUAAAAAACCUCAGUUUGAAGUUAGUAUUCUAUACUUUAAUAAAAAUAACUUAAUAAACCUCUCCUCUCUGAAUGAAUGGACGAAAUUAACUGACCUGUGGGUUGACAACAACCGUUUGGGGACAUUAGAAGGAUGGAUCAUCCCUCCAAAUCUGUUGUUCCUUUCUGUAAGAGGAAACAGACUGAAAUCUUUAUCGAAUAAUAUGAUCCAGUUCAUCCCAACUCAAAAAGAUUUUCAAUUAUUUUUUGGACUGAAUUCUAUUAAUUGUGAUUGUGAAAGUGAAACUUUUAAACAAUUUUUACUAGGACACGGAGAAGUUGUGAAAGACGUAAGAGAAAUAACUUGUAAUCAAAAAGUUGAGGAGAAAGUAGUAGAAACUCCUCUGAUAGAAAUGUCAGAACCAGAACUUUGUGCGCAACAGAUCACUGCCAAAUAUAAACAAAAAGUUUUAACCAUAUUCUUUUGUAUUUUACUCUUAAUUAUUAUUGUUACUGUAGGUUUAUAUAUCAGGCAGCGAGAGUUGAUUCACUCAUUUUUGUAUGUUCACUGCAAUAAACUAUUUUGCUUCUAUCCUGAAGUCGCCGAUUUAGAGGAGAAAUUAUACGAUGCCUUUGUUGCUUAUAGUAGUUCUGAUAAACGUCUAGUUAUGAAUCUUCUAAACGAAUUGGAACAGAACGCGCCAUUUUUUAAACUUUGCAUUCACGAGAGAGAUUGGAUUCCUGGAGAAAUUAUAACUGAAACCAUUGUGAAAUCUGUACGAAGCAGUAGAAGAACCAUUAUAGUAUUAUCCGAAUCGUUUAUUUCCAGUCCAUGGUUUAAAGUAGAACUGAAAGUGGCAAUUUCGCAAGAACAAAUGAAUCCAAUCAUCGUCAUCAUGGUUGACAAGUCUAUUUCUUUGAACGAAUUAAACAGAGAAUUACGAGAUGCCAUAUCAAAGAGAACGUAUCUUGAGUGGGGAGAAAGAUGGUUUUGGGAAAAGCUACGUUACGCAAUGCCACAUAAAGUUUGAAAUCCAGUUGAAUUGAUUUCUAUCUAAGUUACUCGAAGGGAGUUAUUAUGCUUGUCAAAUUACGUUAUUUUUAAUGCAUUAGUGCCUUGUUUUUCGAUUACCUUUAUGCUAUUUUUGUUAAUCAAUUAACGUUUGCAAAGAAACAUAUUUAUUCUGUUAAUAAAAUGUCGGGUUUUGUUUUUAUCAAAAAACGCUAAAGGCUUUUAUUCUUAAAAAUAGACUUUAAGUUGAAGCUAUAAUUCCUUUAUACUUUAAAUAAUUGUACUGAGCCAUUAAAUUUAAGAGCUUAAGCCAUUAAUUUAAAGAAUUGUAGUAAUUAUAUCAAAAGGUAUUUCUUUUAAAAUUUGCCGUUUUCUAAAUGCAGAAUUGUAACCAUUAGGACAGUAAUGGAAAACUAAUCUGAUUUUCAUUUUGUGACGUACCUAAGUUAAGUGCUAAUUUGUCCAAAGCGCAAAGUGUCCUAUAGGGACUAAUAUAGGGGAUGCCCUUAUAUCUAUGGCGUCCUCAUAAACUUCUCAUUUUUGCAUAUGCAUGGAAGAACCACGUAAGUGACAUUUUCAAUGAGGCUGUUAUCAGGGUGAAAGAAAAAGAAAGAUGGCAUCCGAACUAUAUUAUAAAUUUAUUAGAAGACGGGAUUAGAUAUUAUUUGCCUUAUUUUAUUUACCAUUACUUAAUUCUAAAUGAUAAUCGUGCAAGCAUACUCAAACCUAAUGUGGAUUCAACUUGCCCCAAAAUUUUUCUAUAGGAUUCUGGUCUAGAUUCAUUCGGUCAACCCCAUUGUCAUUCGGUCCCCCGAGGUACACCAUUGAUUAGAUGUUACUAAUCAAUGGUGUACCUCACAACAUGACAAGUAGCGUUGUCAUCCUGGAAAAUGAUCCAACUCAUAAAAUGCAUAAAGUUUCCUGCAAGUUCAAACUGCGUGAAGUAGAUCAGGACCGCAGUUAUACCAUUCAUUACGAACGAUACAUACGGGAAAACGGUGAAAGCGAGAUGAAAAUUAAUACAUUUACCUAGCGCAUCAAAACAUUUUUGUUUCAAAAUUAUUUACGAUGUAAAAGAAGGAUAAAUAAAUAUAUUUAUUUAUUUAGAGCAUUUGGAACUUUUGGUUUUCUUUCUUCUCAGCACAAACAAUAAACUUUGGACAUUUG